AAAUCUGAGCGCAUACAAUUAUAUCUAUCUUUUUCCCAUCAAUUUUUAUGAGUGAGAUAAAGCAAUUAAAUUAAAAUCUAGAAUAGAAAAUUGUGUUUAAUGAAUGUGCUGUAAUUUUAGAGGGGGUAAAUUAGCUCUUCCGAAGCACGUGUUUGGGCCUUCUCAAGUGCGAAAGACUAAUUUUUUACGAAAAAAAUUGUUUUGUAAAACUAAAUUCGUGCGUUUCGGUUUUUAUGGACUGAUAGAAAGUGCGGUGCAUUUUUAUUUAAGAAUAUGGCCCUGGGUCCCAAGGAAAACGAAGUCGAGAACGGUGAAAAUAACAUUUCUACCGAAAAAUCUGAUAAUGAGACGCUGAAAAAAAGCCAGAAGGAGAGUACAAAUUCCAAUGAUACUAACAAAAAUAAUGAUGCCAAAGCAAAUGGAACAAGUGAAGAAACAGAAAACAAACUGUCCAAAGACGUGGAGGAAAAAGAAAAGGACGAGAGCGAGGACAAGAACAAGGACGAAGUGGUUUUCAUCCAAGACGUCGGCUUCACCGUCAAAAUCCACAGCCCGGGCAUCGAGCCCUUCGACAUCCAAGUGUCCAGCAUGGAAUUAGUCCAGGAAAUCCAUCAGCUGCUGAUGGACAGGGAGGACACGUGUCACAGGACGUGUUUUUCCCUGCAACUGGAAGGAAAUACUUUGGACAACUUUUCCGAGUUGAAGAACAUCGAGGGGCUGAAGGAGGGCUCGGUUAUUAAGGUGGUGGAGGAGCCCUAUACUAUGCGCGAGGCUAGGAUUCAUGUUAGGCAUGUCAGGGAUCUGUUGAAGUCUUUGGAUCCCGCCGAUGCCUAUAAUGGGGUUGAGUGUAAUUCGUUGAGUUUUUUGAAUAUGAUUACCCAGGGAGAUAUUUUAGAGAAGAAAAAAAUGCGACCGGAGAGCGUCGACUGCACCCCACCCGACUACAUAAUGCCCGACAGCAAAGACAGACCUUUGACAGCCCUACAGCCCCAAUUUAAAGAUCAACGCACGCCGCAGUGCGUCAAAGUACUCACCACAUCGGCAUGGAACCCACCGCCGGGCUACAGAAAGCUACACGGCGAUCUCAUGUACCUUUAUGUCGUCACUUUGGAGGAUAAACACUAUCACAUAUCGGCCUGUUCGCGAGGAUUCUACAUUAAUCAGUCUUUGGUGGAAGAGUUCAAUCCGAAACCGUCGUCGCCUAGUCAUUUGUGCCAUUCGUUGAUCGAGCUUUUGAACCAGAUAUCGCCUCAGUUUAAAAGGAAUUUUGCAUCGUUGCAGAAAAAACGUAGCCAGAGGCAUCCUUUUGAAAGAGUUUCGACCCCUUAUCAGAUUUAUGCGUGGACUGCACCUACCAUGGAGCAUACUGUAGAUGCGAUCAGGGCAGAAGACACUUUUUCUUCAAAACUGGGCUACGAAGAACACAUCCCCGGUCAGACGAGAGACUGGAACGAAGAACUGCAAGCCACUAGGGAACUACCCAGGAAAACACUGCCGGAACGUUUAUUGAGAGAACGAGCAAUCUUCAAGGUUCACAGUGACUUCGUUGCUGCCGCCACCAGAGGCGCCAUGGCCGUUAUUGACGGCAACGUGAUGGCCAUCAACCCUGGCGAAGAGGCCAAAAUGCAGAUGUUUAUAUGGAAUAAUAUUUUCUUCUCUUUGGGAUUCGACGUUCGCGACCACUAUAAGGAAUUGGGAGGGGAUGCUGCGGCUUUUGUUGCUCCUCGUAACGACUUACAGGGCGUUAGAGUCUACAGCGCCGUAGACUUACCAGGACUCUACACUCUUGGCACGGUUGUUAUCGAUUACAGAGGAUACCGUGUAACAGCGCAGUCCAUUAUUCCCGGUAUUCUAGAAAGAGAACAGGAACAAUCGGUUGUUUAUGGAUCCAUAGAUUUUGGCAAAACUGUCCUGUCUCAUCCCAAAUACUUGGACUUGUUGAACAAAGCUGGUCAUCAACUGAAGAGUCUUCCUCAUCACGUUCUGAACGACAAGGACGAAGCUGUUGAAUUGUGUUCCAGCGUUGAAUGCAAAGGUAUCAUUGGCAAUGACGGUCGUCAUUACAUUUUGGAUCUUUUAAGGACCUUCCCGCCAGAUGUUAAUUUUUUGAAAUUGGAAGGGGAAGAAUUAACCAAAGAAGUGAAAGCCCUGGGAUUCCCCAUCGAGCACAAGCACAAACUCUGCUGUCUAAGGCAGGAACUGAUCGACAGUUUCGUCGAUUCCCGCUACAUGAUGUUCAUCAAAUACGCCGCCUACCAUUUGCAACAAUUAAAUAUAAAGAAACCGGGAGACAAAAUCUUUAACAAUAACGCCAUCGAAGAGGAGAAGUCCGAAGAGAAGACCGAGGGUGAAAACAAAGAUAAAGAAGAGACGGAAAAAGAGAUAACCAAAGAUGAAGAUAAAGAAAAGGACGACGCGGAAGAUAAGAAGAAUCAGCUUGUGGAAGAGGAGGCCAAGAAGAUUCUGGAGAGGAUCAAUGAUGGAUCUAAAUUGGAACUGGAAGAAAGUACUAAAAACAUCGUCAAAACCGCCUCUGUAGCUGUGGGAUCGUUAAAAGACACCGAAUUUGACAUUCGAUUCAAUCCUGACGUGUAUUCUCCUGGCAUCAGGCAUUCUGACAGCUUAGAUCCUCCAUUGUCUAAACAAAAACAACUGGUCAAAGAUGCCGCCGAAUUCUUGCUGACAGUACAGAUACCUACUUUCAUUAGGGAUUGCCUGGACCAUUUCGCACCAAUGGACGGUGUAACGUUAUCCGAAGCUAUGCACAACCGCGGUAUAAACAUCCGUUAUUUGGGCAAAGUAACCAACCUUUUGGCCAAAGUCAAGCAGCUGGAAUACCUCCACAGUAUAGCCGUAGCCGAGCUGAUUCUGAGAUCGGCUAAACACAUUUUCACUGUAUAUCUCCAAGGGUGCGAAAUGAUGAAUUUAUCAGUGGCUAUAGCGCAUUUCUUGAACUGCUUCUUCUAUUCUGGAGUCGUGGCGAAUCCUCUACAAAAUGUCGAUGAGUUCCAGAGCAAGACCAACAAAAAACGUAACAAACGCCGCGGCAGAGCUAACCCUCUCUCCUGCAACGACAACAACGAAUGGGCUACCCUGACGCCGAAAUCCUUAUGGACGCAAAUCAGACAAGAGCUCAAAGCCUACUUCGACUACGAUUUGGGCGCGGGAGACGUGGAAGGCAUCGUGGAAACGUUCGGUUUGCAGAAAAUUUCGUUGCUCAGAGGGUUCUGCUUGAAGACCGGUAUCCAGAUUUUGCUUAGAGAUUAUAAUUUGGACUCGAAAAAUAAGUUGAUCUUCUUUGAGGAGGAUAUCUUAAACGUAUUUCCUAUCGUGAAGCAUAUCAAUCCUAGGGCGACUGAUGCGUACAAUUUUUAUACUACAGGCCAAAGCAAGAUUCAACAAGGCUACCUCAAGGACGGCUAUGAGUUGAUCAACGAAGCGUUGAAUCUGCUCAACAACGUCUACGGCGCCAUGCAUCCGGAAAUAGCUCAAUGCCUGAGGAUGAUAGCUAGACUAAACUACAUCAUGGGAGAGCACGGUGAAGCCAUGGCAUAUCAACAAAAAGCUGUCUUAAUGUCUGAAAGAGUCAACGGAAUUGAUCAUCCAUACACCAUCACUGAAUAUGCUCAUUUAGCUCUGUAUUGUUUCGCGAAUAGUCAGAUUAGUACUGCAUUGAAGUUGUUGUACCGUGCCAGGUACUUGGCUGUGAUUGUUUGUGGAGAGAAUCAUCCAGAGGUGGCUCUAUUAGAUGUAAGUUAUUUAAUAACUUUUAAUAAUAAAAGUAUUUACAAUAAUUAUCCACAAAUAUACAGGGUUAUUUCAAAGUUUUUAAUACUAAAUAUUUACUGAAACACUCUGUAUCUUAAAGUCGCCGUUGCCUACCAUUUGGUUGCCAGGACGCAGAGUUGUAUGGGCAACUUUAGAUCGGCAUUGAACAAUGAAAAAGAAGCCUUUACUAUUUAUAAGCAACAGUUGGGCGACAAUCACGAAAAAACCAAAGAAUCUUCUGAGUGUUUGAAGCACCUCACUCAGCAGGCGGUGGUGCUACAGAAGAAAAUGAACGAAAUAUAUACAGGGAAAAAUGGAGCUUCGUUACCGCCCAUUCAGAUUCAACCGCCGUCAAUGGGUUCGGUGUUGGACAUGUUGAACGUGAUCAACGGAAUCCUUUUUGUUCAGAUCAGUUCAGAGCACAUAGAAAACCUGAAGGCCGAGAUGGAGAAGCGGGUUCAGAGCGAAGAAUUAACCGAAUCUUCCUCCGACGUUGAAACGAAACCUCCCCUCGAACAGCCGGAAGCAAUCAAAGAGUAGCGUCGAAUAAGUAGUUUCUAAGUAAGAAAGAGAGAGGCCUCGACUUUUAUACGUAACACGAAGCGUUCAGUCCGCGUCCCGUCAAAAGAAAUUCCACGGGGGAAACCCCCAAAAAA